GCAGGUGGACCCCACAUCUGCUUGAAACCCAAUGAUAACCUAUUCAAUCACUUAUUAAACAAAAGAAUAAAAUCCCCAGAGAGAGAGGGGGGGGGUUUUUCUGUGUUCAUCAGUUCUCUUCUAUGUUUAGGAAGAAAUACAAAAAUAAAUGCUACAGAGAGAGAGAGAGAGAGAGAGAGAGAGAGAGAGAAGGUCUAGAGUGUUGAACAGCUUUACAAGGGAGGUUACAGUGUAGAAGCAAUUUUGCUUUCUGGGGCACGUGAUUUUGGGCGAUAUUUCGGCCGGUCUUGAAAAGGCUGCGAUUUAACAACUGAUGAUUGUUGCCUUUCUGCGCCUUCCAUCUUCUCCACGCAGUACGCACCACCCCUACUCCUUCGUUUGGUGUCUAUAUAAAGGCGGCGUCACCCAUGGUCACUUUGCGUCUCACUCUCUAGUCUCUUCUUCUUUAUCUUCGUCGUCUUCGUUUCCUUUUGUGGGUUCCUCCUGAGAGAGUGAGAGAGAGAGAGUGAGAGAGAUGGGAGAAGAGGGGGUUGUAGUAGUGAUGAGAGAGUUCGACCCAGAGAGGGAUAGUAAAGAAGUGGAUGAGAUAGAGAGGGUAUGCGAAGUAGGCCAAAGUGGCCAGACUUCUAUUUUCACAGAUUUGCUGGGUGACCCCAUUUGCAGGAUUCGCCAUGCUCCUGCUUUCCUCAUGUUGGUAGCUGUAAUGGUGAAGGGUGAGGAAGAGAGAGAGAUCGUAGGGAUGGUAAGGGGAUGUAUCAAGACCGUUACAUGUGGUAAAAAGCUCUCUAGAAAUGGAAAGAACGGCGGCAACGACUCCCUUAAACCCAAACCCGUCCCCGUCCCCGUCCCACUCCACGUUCCCGUCUACUCUAAAACCGCCUACAUCUUAGGCCUUCGCGUCUCCCCUUCUCACAGGCGAAUGGGUAUAGGAUUGAAGCUGGUUUGUAAAAUAGAGGAGUGGUUCAGAGAAAAUGGAGUAGAAUACUCGUAUAUGGCAACCGAAAUGGACAACGAAGCUUCAGUUAAGCUCUUUACAGAAAGAUGCGGUUACUCAAAGUUCCGAAACCCUUCCAUCCUUGGCCACCCUGUCUAUGCUCAUCGAGUCUCCAUCACCAAUCGAGUCCGCAUUUUCGAACUCUCCCCUUUCGAAGCCGAAGCACUCUAUCGCCGCCGACUCUCCACCACCGAGUUCUUCCCUAGAGAUAUAGAUACAAUCCUCAACAACCGUCUUAAUCUCGGCACCUUCAUAGCCGUCCCUUCCCGUGGUUACUCCUACUCAUGGCCUGGUUUAGACCAUUUCCUCUCAAACCCACCUGACUCUUGGGCUGUUCUCAGCAUAUGGAACAGCAAAGAAGUAUUCUCAGUGGAGGUCAGAGGGGCUUCCCUUGCCAUACGAGGGCUUGCGAAGUCUAGCCGGAUAGUAGAUAAUGCUUUCCCUUGGCUGGGGAUACCAUCCAUGCCGGAGGUGUUCAAGCCAUUUGGUUUCCAUUUCUUAUAUGGGUUGGGAGGGCACGGUCCCGAUUCGGUGAAGAUGAUUAAAUCUCUGUGUAGGUUUGCGCAUAACUUUGCUAGGGAGAAAGGAUGUUGUGCGGUAGUGACAGAGGUGUCAAAGAUGGAGCCAUUGAAGGUAGGGAUCCCAUACUGGAAGAAAUUUUCUUGUGAAGAUGAUCUUUGGUGUAUGAAGCGACUUGGGGAAGACUACAGUGAUGGGUCUCUUGGGGAUUGGACCAAGUCCCCUCCUGGUAUUUCAAUCUUUGUGGAUCCCAGAGAAAUCUAAAUCUUUUUCCCAUUACCCUAUCAUUAAGCUGAAGAAGAAGUUCAAGUUCCAUCUUUGUGAAUCCCAGAGAAAUUUAAAUCUUUUGUUAACCUUAUUAUCACCUUGGAAUAUUCUGUUUCUUCUUGUAAAUGAAAGUGGCUUUUUGCA